AUGGGCACAAAUUUGGUCAAUGAGAAAGCGAAGGAACAGACGAUGGAAGAAUCAGACGUCGUUAACAAUCAAGAACUUCACAGAUGCUUGAAAACACAAAGAUGUUUGGAAAACACUUCUACAAGUCGAAAACGGAGGACAUGUUCGAAGCUUCUGAAUGCAAUGGUCAGUAUGGCCAUUGCAUCGCAUGUACUUCAUGUUCAAGAUAGCAUGUCAGUUCAUGCAUUUUUUUACCAAAUAAACACGGCGCGUCACUUGAACUUGUCCCAGGGGAAGCCUUGGAGAAUACGGAAGAGUGGAGACGCUCGUGUUUCUGUUCCAAGUUAUUACAGCAAACUCGAAGACCACGACAGACCAUUGUCGGACCGCCUUUCGCUAUAUUCUUACAAUCUACAAAACCAUAGAAGCCAACGCAAUCCAAAGACCGCGAAGUCGCUUUCCUUCUUUUUGAGAGACAAUCCGAUUAUCGAUGCCCAAAAUGAUUCGGAUCUACCUUCAAACCUAUCACAAGCAUUAAUGCUGGCUACCAGGACUGCAGGAGAAAGUGGAGAUUAUAGACUGAUACUACAUCUUGUAGAAUCAAGCGUCAAAUUUGCAAAUGGAAACCCAAUCUUAUCUCCACGAAUCUUCGGAGAAGCUUUGAAUUCACUGUCUCAAACAAAGGCCAAUGCUUCAAAAUUGAAGCAUAUUUGGGCACUCGCGACUUCCAGCGAAACCAUUCUAACACAUCCCUUAACCGCAUUUGAGCUCAACAUCUUCAUGAAAGCUCUCGCUAAACUGGGUCGUAUUCGAUCAAGCAUCGACAUGUUUAUGCAACAUACAAAUGAAUGCAAUGAAAACGUAUACAUUAUCCCUGAUGCUUACACCGCCAGCACAUUGUUCACGAUCUUGAGAGACUCCAUCAAUGCUGAUCAGAAACAGGAAAGAGAAUCGGUCCCUCAGUCACGACGCACGGAUUCAGCAUUGCAAUCAAGGUUGAAAAAUGUCUCGAGAUCUCCGGCUUGGCAAUGGAAUACAGCUGUUGAUCUUUUGCAUGUCUUUGAUUUCGAAGAUUUCCGCUGGAACAACCAUGUGUAUUCCACACUUCUCAAGCUGCAUGAAAAGGCGGCGGCGAAUUUCCCUCAACAUAUAAACGGGUCAGAGAUUACAGCUGCAAUUAUUGGUGACAUGAGCCAGAAAAACAUUCUUCCGGAUGAAAUAACAUGUUCGCUUGUCGUUAAAUGCAUUGGAGACCCCUCUGGUAAUCCAAUGGCCUGGAAAGAUUCGAUUGGUUUCUUAAGACGAAUGUCAAAGGAAAAAGCCCUACCGAUGCCAAAUGUCUUCGUUUACUCCGCUGCAAUCGUCGCUUGUGCGCGUUGCUCAGAAUUCGAGGCAGCCCUUGAAUUACUGGAAGAGAUGCGAGGCGACACUAGAGCACUGUUGGGUGCAACCGCCCAUGGGCCAACUGCUCCUGCACCCAAUGCUUGGGUGUACAAUGCUGUCCUUCUAGCUAUCAACGACCAGAAGAAUCAUCGUAAAAGGAACCACAACCCUGAGCGGAACAAAUCACGCACGAACAAAGGUCGCGUAGAGCUCGCAAUGCAGUUGUUUGAGCAAAUGAAGAGUGACUUUGCGAGUGGAUCAGAGAAUCUACAACCGGAUACGGUCACUUACAAUAUCGUGUUAUCUAUCAUGGGAACAGAAAACCCGCCUUCCGAAGAGUCUUUGAUCUCACUCCUUGAUGACAUGGUGCAGAAUGGGAUCCCACGAGAUGCCAUUACUUACAGAAACGCAAUAAUGGCAUCGCCUUCUGGAAAGAGAACAAGACGGUUGCUCCUGAGGUGCCUUGAUGACGAUCUUUUAAUCACUAGGUCAUUGGAAACGUUACAGGGGAAGGCCGCGAAUGCGAUGACAUUCAUCUUCAAUAGUGCCCUUUUGACAGCCGCAUCACGUGGCAGCCUAAAAUACUUCACAAGUAUAGUAUCGCUGAUGCAAGAGCAUGACAUUGAACCUAGUGAUGACACCACAUCUCACAUAAUCACAAUUGUUGGAAGAAGCGGCAACUCAAAGUUGCUUCCAAAAUUUCUUUCGGCGUUGAAUGAAGAUGUCAGAUUUGUUGAAUUUCAGAGUGAACUUCUGACAAAAACAGGUAUAUGGUUGGGUCAAGACUGGUUGCCGAAGCUGAGCAAUACUCACUACUACGAAGCCACUACUGUAUGUCUUGAUGACAAUAACAUCGUAGAUGCUCACCGAGGAUUUCACACCAUGAAAAGCAAGGGUAUAGUACCGCAUUCAGAUUGCGCUGAGGAGUUUGCUGUUGCAUAUGCACGAGCUGCAAUUAAUAUUAUUAGGGGUGGAAAUGAUGUGAUACAUCAGACUGCCAAAAUGCCUCCCAAGCAGCUUGCUCAAAACGCCUACAGAAUUGCUGCAGCUAUUAGUAGGCCAUCGCCAUCAACCAUGAAACUUGUUGCAACAUCAUGUGCAAUGGCAGAACAGUGGUGGAUGGCGCAAAAACUUCUGCGUUCUGUUCAAAUAAUGGUCGUGUCGGAAAGUGACCGACUAUUGAAUUCCAAACAAAUUCUGUGUGAUCUCCAAAGUAAUUUGCUCCGAGAGUGUGCAUACCAGGGAAACAUAACAGCUGCGCUUUGGUUGGUGAAGGACAUUCAACAUUUUGCAGCAACACAGAUUCAUCCAAAAAAUUUAGAAGUGUUACCUUCCGAACAUGAUCUGGAUGCCAUGCCUCGCAGCGUCAUCGAUGAGAUAUCUCUGGAACAAAGCGGUGUUCACAUGAGACCAGCAAACUGGAUUUCUGUUAUCAAAGCAGCUCGAAAGUCUGGACAUUGGAGAGUAUGUGUAAAUACGCUUCAAUUCUUGCGACCAUACGUUUCCAAAACCAAUCCUUCCUAUUCUGGAACGGGUGAUGAUGAAUUGCAAUGGAAAAAUUACAAAAAGUUGGUCCCAGCUUUAGUACAUGCAACUGCUUGUCUCGAGAUGAGGUCUCAAUACGCAUGGGCUGUCCGUGCAAUCAAGGAUUGGGUUUCAUGGAGUGGUAGAAGGGCUCCGCCUCAGGCAGUCUUGUCUGCCGUCCGAGUUUUAAGCGCACGAGGACAAGGCAACGAGGCGAAGGAUCUUCUCUAUGAAACUAUGAAUCAUCCUUCGAUUCUUGGAAAUAAACAGGAUGGCGAAGGGCAAGAAGAAAUGCUAUAUUGUGCGGCAUGCACUGCUCUACAUCGGAAUGGAUUAUAUGACGACGCAGACGAGAUCUACGUCUCUGGUGUAUCAAGCGGCUAUCUUGGGUACUCUUUCCGUCCUGGGACCGAAGCAAUGGUGUUGGAUCUACAUGGCCUCAAUGUUGCUUUGGCACAUUCCGCAGUUCGUGUUGCAAUGAGACAGCUGACCACAAUGCCAGAGGGGCAAAAAAAAUCAGAAUUGAUGAUCAUCACUGGCAGAGGGCGCAACUCUGCGUUUCAUCUCCGACCUGUUCUUCGUCCUGAGAUUCAGAGGAUGUUGCUUGAAGAGUUUUAUCCACCGCUAAACACUGUUUCGGCUCCUGGCAAUAUGGGUGCUUUGAUUGUCAAUGCAGAUGACAUCCAUAGAUGGCAGGAACAUCAGGAAGGGCAGAAAGGAGCGCGAAUGCUUGCUGUUGCAGCCGCAAUUAAGGACUUUUCCUCUAAUAGACUGCGGAAGAGUAUAGUCUUGUCAAUCGAGGAAAACAAAAAAACUCUUGAUUAG